UAGGAUUUCACUGUUUGGAAAUGAUGCAACAUCAAUAGUCAACUGUCUUCAUAUACUGGGCCAGACCUUGGAUGCAAGGACUGUGAUGAAAACUGGCCUGGAAUCUGUUAAGAUGGCAUUGAGAGCAUUUUUGGACAAUGCUGCUGAGGAUCUGGAGAAAACAAUGGAAAAUCUUAAGCAAGGCCAAUUUACACACAGCAGAACCCAGCCAAAGGGAGUUACACAAAUCAUUAAUUAUACAACAGUUGCUCUCCUGCCAGUACUAUCUUCAUUAUUUGAGCAUAUUGGACAGCACCAGUUUGGCGAAGAUUUGAUAUUGGAAGAUGUUCAGGUCUCCUGUUACAGAAUAUUGGCCAGUUUAUAUGCUCUGGGAACCAGCAAGAGUAUCUAUGUAGAGCGGCAACGAUCAGCACUAGGAGAAUGCUUGGCUGCUUUCUCAGGUGCCUUUCCAGUGGCUUUUUUGGAAACUCAUUUGAACAAACAUAAUAUCUACUCAAUUUACAAUACCAAGAAUGCAAGAGACAGAGCAGUUCUCAGUUUGCCUACUAGUGUAGAAGAGGUUUGCCCAAAUAUUCCUUCCUUGACGAAGCUAAUGGAAGAAAUUGUGGAACUGGCUGAGUCUGGUAUUCGUUACACACAAAUGCCACAUAUCAUGGAAGUAAUACUGCCUAUGCUAUGUAGUUACAUGUCACACUGGUGGGAGCAUGGGCCAGAAAACAACCCUGAAAAGGCUGAAAUGUGUUGCACAGCCUUGACAUCAGAGCACAUGAACACUCUGUUGGGUAACAUACUGAAAAUCAUCUAUAACAACCUUGGUAUUGAUGAGGGAGCCUGGAUGAAGAGAUUAGCAGUUUUUUCCCAGCCCAUCAUAAGCAAAGCGAAGCCACAGCUCUUAAAGACACACUUCCUGCCACUGAUGGAUAAGCUAAAGAAAAAAGCAGCAGUGGUUGUAUCGGAUGAAGAACAUCUAAGAGCAGAAGGCAGAGGUGACAUGUCGGAGUCUGAACUGCUCAUCCUAGAUGAGUUCACCACUUUGGCACGGGACCUCUAUGCCUUCUACCCUUUGUUGAUUAGAUUUGUGGACUAUAACAGGGCAAAAUGGCUGAAAGAGCCCAACUCUGAAGCAGAAGAAUUGUUCCGCAUGGUGGCUGAGGUCUUCAUUUAUUGGUCCAAGUCUCAUAAUUUCAAAAGAGAAGAGCAGAACUUUGUGGUACAAAAUGAAAUCAACAACAUGUCUUUCCUUAUCAGUGACACCAAAUCUAAGAUGUCCAAGGCAGCAGUUUCUGACCAGGAAAGGAAGAAGAUGAAGCGAAAAGGUGACCGGUACUCUAUGCAGACCUCUCUCAUUGUGGCAGCGCUGAAGAGAUUGCUUCCCAUUGGCCUAAAUAUUUGUGCUCCUGGAGACCAAGAGCUAAUUGCGCUGGCCAAAAAUAGGUUCAGUAUGAAAGAUACUGAAGAUGAAGUACGAGAUAUCAUCCGCAGUAAUCUUCAUCUCCAGGGCAAGCUUGAGGAUCCCGCCAUUAGGUGGCAGAUGGCACUUUACAAAGAUUUACCAAACAGGACUGAAGAUUCCUCAGAUCCAGAGAAGACUGUGGAAAGAGUCCUUGAUAUAGCCAAUGUACUGUUUCACCUUGAACAGGUUGAGCACCCUCAGCGGUCCAAAAAAGCAGUGUGGCAUAAACUGCUGUCCAAACAGAGAAAAAGAGCAGUAGUUGCCUGCUUUAGAAUGGCACCAUUGUAUAAUCUGCCAAGGCACCGAGCCGUCAAUCUCUUUCUCCAAGGCUAUGAUAAAUCAUGGAUUGAGACAGAAGAACACUAUUUUGAAGAUAAACUGAUAGAAGACUUAGCAGUACGUCUGGGUGCAAAGGGUCGUGGGAAUAAACCUGGAGAGGAACCGCCGGAAGAAGAUGAAAGCCUUAAAAGAGUAGAUCCUUUACAUCAACUUAUUCUGCUAUUCAGUCGAACAGCCUUGACUGAGAAAUGCAAACUGGAUGAAGAUUUCCUGUAUAUGGCUUAUGCUGACAUUAUGGCAAAGAGCUGCCAUGAUGAAGAGGAUGAUGAUGGUGAAGAAGAAGUUAAGAGCUUUGAAGUCCAUGUAUUUCCUGUGCUGGCGAAUCCAGAGCAGGACGCAGUACUCCAGAUAGAUAUCCAGAUAGAUGACAUCAGUAGCUCUUCCUUUGUCCACUGA